CCGUGCAACAUGACGUUUGAAGAUUUUGAGAACUACUCUUAUUUCUACGACCUGUCCGAGGAAGAUGAAUCACCCCAGUCCUCCCUCAGCAUUGCCCAUAUGAUUUCUCUUUCCUUUUACAGUGUGGCAUUUCUGCUGGGGGUGCCAGGUAAUGCCAUCGUCAUCUGGUUUAUGGGCUUUAAGUGGGAUAAAUCUGUUUCCACACUCUGGUUCCUCAAUCUGGCCAUUGCAGAUUUAAUUUUUGUUCUCUUCCUGCCCCUCUAUAUUACAUACGUGGCAAUGGGCUUCCACUGGCCUUUUGGGAAGUGGCUCUGCAAAAUGAACUCAUUCAUUGCACUACUUAAUAUGUUUGCUAGUGUUUUCUUCCUGACAUUCAUCAGCCUUGACCGCUAUGUCCGCCUAGUCCACCCAGUAUUUUCCUACAAGUAUCGGACUGUAAGGAACACUCUCAUUCUUAGUGGGCUCAUUUGGAUGUCAGCUGCAAUUAUUGGUGGCCCUGCCUUAUACUUUAGAGACACAGCUACAGUUCUCAACAAUGUCACCAUUUGCUACAACAACUUCCAUCUGCAUGACAGAGAACUUAUCGUGCUGACACAUCACAUUCUCAUUUGGGUGAGGCUUGCAUUCGGUUACCUCUUUCCUCUAGUGACCAUGGUCAUUUGCUACUCAUUGCUGAUUGUCAAAGUGAAGAGGAGAACUGUAUUGACUUCCAGCAGGCUUUUCUGGACCAUCAUUGCUGUAGUUGUAGCUUUUUUUGUUUGCUGGACACCAUAUCACAUAUUCAGCAUUGUGGAGCUGUCUGCUCACCAUGACGAAAACUUGCAUGACUUACUGCAGGAUGGCAUUCCCCUCUCCACUGGCCUUGGUUUCAUCAACAGUUGCCUCAAUCCAAUCCUCUAUGUUCUGAUUAGCAAAAAGUUCCAGGCCCAGGUCAAGACAACGGUCUCUGAGGUGCUAAAAUUGGCACUGUGGGAGGUGAGCCGCUCGGGAACUGUCAGCGAGCAGCUGUGGAGCUCGGACAACACCCAUGCGCCUGUGCACUGUUGUGAAACUGCUCAGUGA